AACCUAUGUCAUCAACUCAUACGACUCCCAAAAAUGAAUGGGUGAUUGCUAUGUCAAAUAUUUCAGGUAUUGAUCCUAAAAGAUUAACAAGAGAACGAUUAUUAUUUGAAUUGAAAAAACGAAAUAUCAAUGUUAUCAACACCGCUAAAAGAAACGGGUUGGUUAAAAAAUUAGAACUUGGCUUGGCUAAUGAAAUAGAAAUGAUACAAGAUGAUAUUUCCAAAAAUCAAGAAAAUCAAAAUAUUAUAUG